GUAAUGGCUGGAAUGGAAUAACGGAACAGUAUCAAACACAUGGAAACCAUGUUUGCCUCCAUUCCAUUGAUGCCAUUCCAGACAUUACAAUGAGCCUGUCCUCCUAUAGCUCCUCCCACCAGCCUCCACUGAUGUCCAGUUUAAGAGCACCACUCUCUGCUUGGGUCAUAUUGUUGAAGAUAGGAUCAUACUGACAAUACAGGUGGUUUCAACACAGUUUGGAGGCAGAAUAUUCUGUCCAGCGAACAUUCAGUAAACACUGUUUAUUUAAUACAUUCCUGUGAUUUGGCUGUGAGGGACCUUGCGAGUUAGCCUUACGAUUCACACAAAAUUCUUCUGCUGCUCAGUCGUUCACUACGUACUUUAGUCUGAGACUGCCGUCAUUGAAAUCGUUUGUGGUGACGAGGGGCACAAGGGGCAUUGAACAGAACAAAGUCAUCAGCGAUUGAUUUGAUUUGAUUUGGAUCGUCUCUAACCAGUCAGAGUAUCAAAGCCAAUGACAAAUUUUCACAAGGCCGCUUUACCCACGUGUGUUCUGGCCGGAGAAGAUACUCAUUUCCGUGGGCAUGGCGUAGCCUGGGUAGGCAACUUGGGAGUGUGAGCGGAUGUGACCAUUACUGGUCCUACUACAUUGACUGACGUCUGUCUGUCUGUCUGUCUGUCUGUCUGAAGGACUCCUUAUCAUCUCAUGUAUUCUGUCUCAUGUCAUGUAUGUGUACAACCUCACGUUUCCUGGCCCGUGUGUGUGUGUGUGUGUGUGUGUGUGUGUGUGUGUGGUGUGUGCGUGUGUGCGUUUGUGUGUAUAGUGCAGUGGGCCUGAGAACUGGACGUUAUCUGACAUAAUGUUUAUUGGAGCCUGGAGACAUGCUGAACGUGUCCGAGAGGUAUCCUUGACCUCAGUGUUGUUAGAAUGGCGGGAUGAUGUGCGUGUUUAUCUCCGAGGUGACAGCAUCAUGGCCUUGCUCUGAGUUUAUAUAAAGAAACAUACGGCAACUCCCACAGAGUUCAGACAGAAUCUAAACUCCCCUCGACAACCUAAUCAUGCUGGUCCUCUCUGUUUUUAGUAUUUUCUAUUUUUCUCUUUAAAACACCUAGAACAAAAACGACAAUCUACACAGGUCUUCUCUGUGUUAUAUAUUUUAUAUUUUAGCAUUCUCUAUUUCACUCAGAAACAAAACUAGACACUAAAUUGACAGAAAAUGUUGCCUGCAACUUUCAAACUGUGCGCUGGCAUCUCCUACCGACAUAUGAGGAACAUGACAGGUUUGAGGAAGAAUGCAAUGGUGACCAUUCACCAUGAGUUGAACAUGCUAGCAGGCCCUGACCCUUGCAACUGGAUCAGCCAUGUCCACCGCAGGAGCUCACAGCCCAGCUCGCGGAUUGAGGAGGAGCAGGGCUUUAAUGAGGCAGAGGUGUCGUACGUGAAGCAGGGGGAGGAGGCGCUGCAGAAGUCUAUCAGCAUCCUCAGCGAUCAGGACGGAUGGACCACUGAGAUCACUGCUGCAAAUGGAGACAAGGUGCUGAGUAAGGUGUUACCUGAUGUGGGGAAGGUGUUUAAGCUGGAGGUGCUGUUUGACCAGCGCUCUGAUAACCUUUAUGGGGAGCUGGUGGGCAACAUGGAGCAGAUGGGAGACUGGAACCCAAAUGUCAAAGAGGUCAAGAUUCUCCAGAAGAUAGGUCAGGAGACCAUGGUAACCCACGAGGUGUCUGGACCCACGCCUGGUAACGUGGUGGGGCCGCGGGACUUCGUUAGUGUUCGCUGUGCCAAGCGCCGGGGGUCCACGUGCUUCCUGGCUGGCAUGUCUACUCAACACCCCACCAUGUCCGAACAGAGGGGCGUUGUCAGGGCGGAGAACGGACCAACAUGUAUAGUGAUGCGGCCUAGUGCCGAUGAUCCAAACAAGACCAAGUUCACCUGGUUAUUAAGCAUAGAUUUAAAGGGUUGGAUCCCAAAGACCAUCAUAAACAAAGUGCUCUCUCAGACACAGGUGGAUUUUGCCAACCACCUGAGGCAGAGGAUGGCCAGCAACAGUGAUUCCAUGGAGAUUGUGCCAGCCUGCUGACACACAAUCUGCCGUGCCCUCUGACCUUUCAAUUGGCGUGCACACCAAUGGCAGGCCACCAGAUGGACAGCUCCGCCCAGUCCUUAGGACAGAAUUGGAGUACAAUUGAGUGACGUCUUGUUCUUCUGAACCCUGACUCCAUUAACAGUCUAAAGUGGCUCUCUCCCCAUGUCUUUCUCUUCAUACCAAUCUCAAAGAACUGGUCUAUAUCCUCACCUAACCUGUUCACACACAAAUUCAGAUGAAGAGGAGAGACUAGGGAAGGACACUUAAGAGUAGAUGUGCCUCUUUUACACAGCACACACCCUCUUCUCAAAACAUACACACAUUCCACUUUACCACUGAGUCUGUGAUCCAAAUAACUUUUUAUCCGGCCAUAGCACACAUUGUUAUUAUACCUUCAAUGUGAAGUGUUAUUUAAAUAUUAUAUUAAUUGUAAAACAAUGUCUUUGCAUUACACUGGGUUAGGAUGACUACCAAGUGAAUAAAUUAUUCCAACAUCAUUAAAAUGUA